AGCAGUGGCGGGAGAGCGGGUGGAGGACGGGCCUAGUGGCCUCGAUCCCAGAGAGAGCAGAGGUUUAGGGGACCGAAAGAAAAGGGGGAGUCAUAGGCGUGGAAGAAAAGCUGAGAACCUUGAUUGCUGAGUGUGUUGCUGGGUGUGAGAGGCCUUUGGGAUAGGCUGCAAAGGUUUCUAACUAAGAAAAAGUGAAGAAGUUCCUACAAGAAUUUUACCAGGAUGAGGAAUUUGGCAAGAAGCAGUUCAAGUAUGGGAACCAGUUGGUUCGCCUGGCUCAUCGGGAACAAGUGGCAAUGUACAUAGACUUAGAUGAUAUAGCUGAGGAUGACCCUGAGUUGGUGGACUCGAUUUGUGAGAAUGCCAAGCGCUAUGCACGGCUCUUUGCUGAUGCUGUACAGGAGCUGCUGCCUCAGUACAAGGAGAGGGAGGUAGUAAAUAAAGAUGUCCUGGACGUUUACAUUGAGCAUCGGCUGAUGAUGGAGCAGCGGAGCCGGGACCCUGGGGCACCGCGAAGCCCCCAGAACCAGUACCCUCCAGAACUCAUGCGCAGAUUUGAGCUCUACUUUCAAGGCCCAACCAGUAACAAGCCUCGUGUGAUCCGGGAAGUACGAGCUGACUCUGUGGGGAAAUUGGUAACUGUGCGUGGAAUCGUCACUCGCGUUUCUGAAGUCAAACCCAGAAUGGUGGUGGCCACUUACACUUGUGACCAGUGUGGGGCAGAGACCUACCAGCCGAUCCAGUCUCCCACUUUCAUGCCUCUGAUCAUGUGCCCAAGCCAGGAGUGUCAGACCAACCGCUCAGGAGGGCGGCUGUAUCUGCAGACACGUGGCUCCAAAUUCAUCAAAUUCCAGGAAAUGAAGAUGCAAGAACAUAGUGACCAAGUGCCCGUGGGAAACAUCCCUCGUAGUAUUACGGUGCUGAUAGAAGGAGAGAACACAAGGAUCGCCCAGCCCGGGGACCACGUCAGCGUCACUGGUAUCUUCUUGCCAAUCCUGCGCACUGGGUUCCGACAGGUGGUGCAGGGUUUACUCUCAGAAACUUACCUGGAAGCCCAUCGGAUCGUGAAGAUGAAUAAGAGUGAGGAUGAUGAGUCAGGGGCUGGAGAGCUGAGCAGGGAGGAGCUGAGGCAAAUUGCAGAGGAGGAUUUCUAUGAAAAGUUGGCAGCCUCCAUUGCCCCAGAGAUAUAUGGGCAUGAAGACGUGAAGAAGGCGCUACUGCUCUUGCUAGUGGGUGGUGUGGACCAGUCCCCUCGAGGCAUGAAAAUCAGGGGCAACAUCAACAUCUGCUUGAUGGGGGAUCCUGGUGUGGCAAAGUCACAGCUCCUGUCUUACAUCGAUCGCCUGGCCCCCCGCAGCCAGUACACAACAGGCCGGGGCUCCUCUGGAGUGGGCCUUACAGCAGCUGUGCUGAGAGACUCCGUGAGUGGAGAACUGACCUUAGAGGGUGGGGCCCUCGUGCUGGCUGACCAAGGUGUGUGCUGCAUUGAUGAGUUUGACAAGAUGGCUGAGGCUGAUCGCACAGCCAUCCAUGAGGUCAUGGAGCAGCAAACCAUCUCCAUUGCCAAGGCGGGCAUUCUCACAACACUCAACGCCCGCUGCUCCAUCCUGGCUGCUGCCAACCCUGCCUACGGGCGCUACAAUCCUCGCCGCAGCCUGGAGCAGAACAUACAGCUUCCUGCUGCGCUGCUCUCCCGAUUUGACCUCCUCUGGCUGAUCCAGGACCGGCCCGACCGAGACAAUGACCUACGGUUGGCCCAGCACAUCACCUACGUGCACCAGCACAGCCGGCAGCCCCCUGCCCAGUUUGAACCUUUGGACAUGAAGCUUAUGAGCCAUGUCUGUCAUGUGUUCAGGGGAGUGGACUUGACCAUCUCUUAUGACAGACGGUACAUAGCCAUGUGCCGGGAGAAGCAGCCCACGGUGCCAGAGUCUCUGGCUGACUAUAUCACAGCAGCGUAUGUGGAGAUGAGGCGAGAGGCGUGGGCUAGUAAGGACGCCACCUAUACUUCUGCCCGGACUUUGCUGGCUAUCCUACGACUGUCCACUGCUCUGGCGCGCCUGCGAAUGGUGGACACAGUGGAGAAGGAAGAUGUGAAUGAAGCCAUAAGGCUAAUGGAGAUGUCAAAGGACUCACUUCUGGGUGACAAGGGGCAAACAGCUAGGACCCAGAGACCAGCAGAUGUGAUAUUUGCCACUGUCCGUGAGUUGGUCUCAGAGGGCCGGAGUGUCCGGUUUUCUGAGGCAGAGCAGCGCUGCAUAUCUCGUGGCUUCACACCUGCCCAGUUCCAGGCGGCUCUAGACGAGUAUGAGGAGCUAAAUGUCUGGCAGGUCAAUACUGCCCGGACACGGAUCACUUUUGUCUGACUCCAGCCUGCUUGAGACACUGGGGUCUACCCUGCACACCGUGCUAACCCCCUCCUUCAAAGGUCUACCGAUGCCCUGGAGGGAAAAGGAGCUAUGCUUGUUUUUCCUGAGCUGCACUUGUCUUAUUCAUUCCUUUUGCUAAUAAAGUGUUUAUAGAUUGCU